ACUUUUCUGCCUAGCCUUGCAUGCUGCCGAGUGGGUAUUGUAAUCUGUGCAAAUAAAAAUUAUUAUUAUUAUUAUUGACUACACGAUUCAUGUUUCUAAACAAAUUGUCUUCUCUCAUGUCUUCCUUUUUUAGCUAUCUGUGCUCCUACCGGACAAGCCAGGACCACCUGGAGAUGUUCUUCAGCUGUGCGCGGCAAAGGGGUGGCUGGAACAAUAACCCAUCAGCUGCCCAGUUCCGGCAGGCCUACAGGAAGCUGCUGGUACAUGCUGGUGUGCAAGCCCCCAACUCCGCCAACGUGGCUACUGACCUCGAAGGGGAAAGCCUGACCGUCAGCCAGGGUACAAUCAACCCUGCUCUUGAUGCCAAGGACGACCAAGAGGGUGACGAUCUGGCCGUGGUGUAUGGGUUGGGCGAGGAUACCCUGUCAGAGUUCACCUCUGAAGUUGUGAAGUACAUUGGGGGCUUCAUCAGCCGCCAGGUCACCAAGACGCUGAGCUGCCCAUCCUGUGUGAGCAUGCUCCUGGAUGAUAGCGUGACAGGAGUCCUCAUUAGCAUCAGGGACAAUGGCGGGCUCGUGUACCCCUCCGAGCUCGUUUGCCUGCUCCUGCAGGAAACCGAAAAAAUCUUCAGGAUGGCCACUGAAGAUGGAGCAGCAAAAAUGAAUGCAACUGUCCUGACUGUUCUAGCAUAUAGGGCAUUUUAUGACAAACAUGCAGAGAGUUUUAAGAACCAGGUGCAUGUCAAAGAUGAGCCAAUGCACGCAGUUUCACUUGCCAAGGCAGUCAUUAAGAAAUAUGUCGCACUGCGGUUGCGACACCUGGCCCGCACCAUUACUGAAAGAUCCCGUGGGGCAUAUGUGCGGCAUACCUUGACCAAACGGGUCCUUUUUUGCCACCAGUAAUGCGGCAUCCUGAAACCAUGCCUUCUUUUUUUUCUUUCUUUUUUGUCAGCUUGUUUGCAUUUUUCCCUUGCUUUGUUGUUUGAUUCAUUUAGUACUAGAACUUGAUGGUGGAUGUAAAUAUGUUUGUGAAACAACAAUUUCUAUGCAAUAUUGAUGAGCUGUGUAUCUC